AUGAAACCAUUGUUUGAGAUAUCACAAUAUCAUCUUAAAUCCAAAGAAAUGCAUUCCAUCAUGUUCAAAAGACUUUAAAAUUAGAUUAAAACCCUUAACAAGAGAGGAGAUGCGUCCCCUUUGGUUUAGAGUAUAUCUCAUUACUUAAAAUAAGAAAGGAAAGGAGUAAGAGGAGAUUUUGUGAUUUGA